GUAGGCAACGUGCAAAAAGCGACUUUACUCCACGGGCGCCGCGCGGCUGUCCAGCUUUUGAACAGAUGUCUGACAAGGAUUGCCACACUGUGAUCUUACCUGAACAUGCCAGUGAGGCCCAGAGCCCAUUGAACAGCCUGCCCAGAAACCCCGGUGCAGACUCUGAGCAGGCCAAUGGACCCCAGGGAUGGGUGGAGGAUGCUGGGACCAGAGAGGAGAAGUCUGCCACAGAGAACAGCAGCAGCAGCCUGGCAACUUCAGAUAGUCCAAUACCAGGCAAUACUAUUACAUGUCAGCCGGAGGCCGGUCCCAUACCCCUGCACACCUUGCUGGACACGGUGCCAGAUGCUGAUGACAAAAAGCAAAAUGGUGCCGGGCCACUCCGCCCGCUGGACAAUAGGCUGAAAAAUGGCAUUGCCUCAGACCGCCCGGCACCUGGGUCCCUCCCACGGACCGCUGCCAAGAAAGUGCCUUCCCGGAAGCUACAGUCCAACCCCUCCCUCACCAGCCAGGGCAGCAAGAGGAGCUCCAAGUCAGCCACUUCCCAGAUCCCCUCCAAGGCACAAGAUGACUGCUGCGUGCACUGCAUCCUGGCCUGCCUGUUCUGCGAGUUCCUGACGUUGUGCAACAUCGUGUUGGACUGCGCCACGUGCGGCUCCUGCUCCUCGGACGAGUCCUGCUUCUGCUGCUGCUGCGGCUCUGAGGAGUGCGGUGACUGCGACCUGCCCUGCGACAUGGACUGUGGCAUCAUCGACGCCUGCUGCGAGUCGGCCGACUGCCUCGAGAUCUGCAUGGAGUGUUGCGGUCUCUGCUUCUCUUCCUGAGCCUCCCCACCCCCUCCCCUCCUCGCCAAGCAGCUCCGCAGCUCCAGCAGUACUGAAGAGAAUCGUGGCCUCCCAACAUUUUGCCAUAGCAGAGGACUAACCCAUUGCCUCGAUGCCCUUUAUGAAGUUCCUGUAGGGAGACAGAGAGCAGGUUGCUAAGAACUGUUGUGCUGGGCUGUCACUGAGCUGCGCUACGCUCCCAUGUGAACCUUUUGGGAAUGUUCUUGUCUUCUCUUCCGGCCUUUUCCAUGGCAAAUCCUAGUAGCAUAGACCUUAACCUACACCACAUGAUAUUCAUGAUGUUUCAGAAUGUUGCCAAAGAAACUGGGUUCAGUUAUUUGUCUAGAUAGACAUGAGAAUUUUUAAAAUGAAGAUGGAAGUGUCUUCAUGGUCAAUUAAACAUACAUUCAGCAUAAAAAUCAUUAGUCUUCACAACAAAGAGUCAUUUUCCAAGAGGUGCAGGCUGUAGCUCCCUGCCUCUUAUUGGAAAUGAAAGAGGAGUUCAAGUGGUCUUUCAACACUAAGCGGAGACACAGUGACAAAAAUAGAUUUGUAUGUUUAAUAUACACUAAUGUGAUAUACUGUUUGUGGUGCAACGUACUUUCUUCAGUAUGUGAAGGGAGGCUUCUGUCAUUUAAGUCUAAGGCUCUCUGUAUCCUGUGACAUUUUCUGAAUUCCGAAUAGUUUUUUGAUAGCUUUUUUUUGUUCCUGUUGUGCUGGAAAAGUUAGUUGAGUAAGGUCGGACACGCAGGAGAGCAGAUGAGUUUGGUUUCGCUAGCUGAAGCCCCAGUGUGUCUGUCUCUGCCUCUGUCUCUGUCUCUGCCAGGCAGGCAAGCAGCGUACAGCUUUGAGAACAAACACCACCUCCUUCGGUGACAGUGUCGCCGUAUGUGGCUCCGCAGCAGCUGGAGGACGCAGCCAAUAUUAGUUCCUUGAAAAUGGGCAAUUGGGGAUCAUCUCUAACACAGAGAAAUACAAAGCCUGCCUUCUGUCGGGAAACGAUCACAACUCCCCCCCGUGUGUUUGCUCAGGCUGUGCGGCUCCGGAAACGGAAUAAAAUGAUGCAGUGUGAAUAGUUUUGGUUUUUAAUGAAUGCUUAUAAAGGCACCAGGGAACCAAGAAGUAACAAAACAAGGAAGCCUGGCACUUUUAGAUUUUGCCAGUUGAUGUUUGCACCAGCAGCACUGUGACCCAUAUCGCACCAUGCGAGUCACUGCUGAGGACACACAUUGCAGAGACAGCAAGGUUCAGCGCGUGUGCAAACUGCGGGAGAAACAAAAAUGUCCAGACCAAAAGGAGAUCCAUGAAUUCCUGGGGAACAUGAUGAUGUAUAAAAGAGGAGUUGUUUUGAGGAUCAUAUAUGCCUAACAGUUUGAAUAAACGUUGAAUAAACAUUGACACCAUGUUUAGUAUUGCUAAUUGCAAAACGUAUCAUUUGUGAGCUCUGUUGCAAUCGGUUUUUGUACUGAACAAAGAAUAUUAAAAGCAUGAAGCACAAAUCACUUGGAUGAUGGCAAAGGUUAGUAGAGCUGUAAUAAUGAUCUGCUGUAGUUUGUAUCAAAGUACUGUAAAAAAAUCUCACCAAAGUCUGGCAAGGAAGGUUUUGGUCUCUAUAAUUACAUUUGUUUCUUCGUGGGAUAUAGACAUAUAUAUAAACUGGAACAAAUCAAAGAAUUCUAACUGCAUUCUGAGUUUCGUUUACUAUGCAAUUCUGCCAACGAACAAAAUGUUUCACUGUUAUUUUCAUACUGUUUAAAUGGGUUUCUAAGUCUGAAUAAAGAAAACCAUGUUGUAAUCUGUUGCUAACUUGUAAGGUCAAUGAGAGGCAUAAUACAUUAUGAAUCUUACAAAGCAAUUCUGUAUUUUCUGGAAUAAAUCUGCAGUUUAAAAUGA